AGGAGGCCAUCCAUUUCAUUUACGAGGCCUGUGCGAACUCCGCAUAGAGCGAGCGUCCAAACGUCAAAUUGGGAUAUUCUUCUUUUUACGGUAGACAAACUGGAUGCUCGAAAUAACAGACAUCAUCUUCAUGGCCUGCUGCGUUAAGUUGUAAAGACAUCUGGUCGACAUAAAGCGAUAUCUUACGCUCUGAUGGUACCAGCUGAUCAGUGACACCUGCCUGAGGACACCUCACCCGCUGCCCCUCCCUCCCCCACCCCCUUUACCAUGUCUGGGAUCCAGGUGCCAUGGUUGCCUGGCACAGAGUGUGUAGCCAAGUACAACUUCCAGUCGACAAAUGAACAGGACCUGCCUUUCUGUAAAGGAGAUGUGUUGACCAUAAUUGGAGUCACCAGGGAUCCCAACUGGUACAAAGCGAAGAACACAGUGGGCAGAGAGGGCACCAUCCCAGCUAACUACGUCCAGAAAAGGGAAGGGGUCAAGUCAGGGGGAAAACUCAGUCUUAUGCCAUGGUUCCAUGGUAAGAUAACGCGGGAGCAGGCAGAGCGCCUCCUCUACCCCCCAGAGACUGGUCUGUUCCUGGCGAGGGAGAGCACCAACUACCCCGGGGACUACACCCUGUGUGUCAGCUGUGACGGCAAGGUGGAGCACUACCGCAUCAUCUACCACAACGGCAAGCUCAGCAUCGACGAGGAGGAGUUCUUCCAGAACCUCAUGCAGCUGGUGGAGCACUACACUAAAGACGCCGACGGCCUCUGUACCAGACUCAUCAAGCCAAAGCUGAUGGAGGGAACGGUGGCCGCCCAGGAUGAAUUCUCCAGGAGCGGCUGGGCCUUGAACAGAAAGGAACUCAAGCUCAUCCAGACCAUUGGCAAAGGGGAGUUUGGAGAUGUGAUGGUGGGGGACUACAGAGGGACCAAGGUGGCAGUGAAGUGCAUCAAACACGACGCCACGGCCCAGGCGUUCAUCGCUGAGGCCUCCGUCAUGACGCAAUUGAGGCACAACAACCUGGUUCAGCUGCUAGGGGUGAUCGUAGAGGAGAGGGGCAGUCUCUACAUCGUCACAGAGUACAUGGCCAAGGGCAGUCUAGUGGACUACCUCCGUUCUCGAGGACGGACCGUGCUGGGAGGAGACUGUUUACUCAAAUUCUCACUUGACGUAUGUGAAGCCAUGGAAUACCUGGAGGCCAAUAACUUUGUGCACAGAGACCUGGCGGCCCGGAACGUGCUGGUGUCUGACGACAACAUCGCCAAGGUCAGUGACUUUGGUCUGACCAAGGAGGCCUCGUCCACACAGGACACUGCCAAACUGCCUGUCAAAUGGACCUCCCCCGAAGCCCUGCGAGAGAAGAGGUUCUCCACUAAGUCAGACGUGUGGAGUUAUGGUAUCCUGCUAUGGGAGAUCUACUCCUUUGGGCGUGUGCCUUACCCCAGAAUUCCCCUGAAGGAGGUGGUGCCGCGGGUGGAGAAGGGUUACAAGAUGGACGCCCCCGACGGCUGCCCGGUGGUGGUUUACGACGUCAUGAAGCAGUGCUGGACCCUGGACGUGGGGCUGCGGCCCUCCUUCCGCAUGCUGAGAGACAAGCUGUCGCAUAUCAGAGCCAAGGAGCUCUACCUGUGAGGGGCAGGGAGGGAAGACACAGCAGACUAGAGCGGAGGGAGGGAGGGAGCGUCCAGGCUGGGGGAAACUAACUGGAGCAGGACCGGAACUCAUCUGCCUGCGGGCCACACCCUACCUGAUACUUGACCUGCACCGGUUUUCCUCUGGGACUGUAGUGAACCCUCCCCUGUGUAAUCUUCCCCCUCUACUCUUCUGAAGGAAAGGAACAGAAGUCCUGUGUAUGUGAUGUAUAGCUUUCUGUCAGCUGGUUGUCUUCCUCCUCUGUCCAGUCCAUCAGCCUCCCUCUACCCCCUUCCUCCUCCUGUUCUCCCAGUCUCUCCACUGUGGCGUUGUCGCCUCCUCAAACGCUUUUCUGAUUUUCUUCUCCAAAACGUGAUGAUAAUGGGGAGGCUGGCCUUUUCUUCCACAUGUUUGUCAGGUGCUCUCAAUCUCUCUCGGUCUGUCUCUCUGUGCCCUGAUCAUUCCUGUAUCUCUGUGUUGGUUGGUAGUGUGGUGCUGCAUGCUGUCUGUCCCUCAACCUCCUGUGUGGGGCCUUGCUUGGGGCCUUGGCUCUGUGCCAAAGUGCCUCCAGUAUACAGAGCUCCAGAUCCCCUCAGCCUCCAGAACCUACUCCUCCACUCAGACUAUUCUGUUUUUAUUCCUUUUUUUUAAGAAUUUUUUUUUUGUUUGUCUUGGAGGUUGGUUGUUCAUUUGCUUUGUGAAGUUGUCUCCCUCCGGCUCCAGAACAGGUACUUCUAUGUCCGUGAAAGAGAAUGUGAACAGUUAAGAAAAGAGGCCAGUGCAUAAAGGCCCUUCCCAGCUGAGGCUCUAUCUCCAACUCAACACAGGACUACAGAACAGGGGAGGGAGGGGCAGUUCUCAACAUGGUCGAUUCAUCAUAUGUGGGCUUGUUUUAUAUUUAAAGGAUUAAAAAAUAAGAAUGUUUUAGUGUCUGUGUGAAGCGAACACUGGGGUUGGGUAUGUGCAUGCUGUGCGAGAGGCCUUGGGUUUAACUGUCAGUGCUUUCAAUGUUUACUAUGCUAUCAUGAUUAUGAAUAAAUCAUUCCAUCUGA